AAGGGGGUGGCUGUUAGAGAGAGAGGAAAAAAAAAAACAAAGAAAGAAAUAAAACAGGAACCUCAAAAGAAAACAAAUACAAUUAAAAGAAUUAAUGGGUCGUUUACAUGGCUCUCUCUCAGAGACGUUAACACCCUUCUCUCUCCUUUUCUUCUUCUUUUCUUGGUUCUCCGGCUUCACUUUUGCUGCUUUCAACCUCACCACUUUGUCCUUUGAUGAAGGAUACAGCCCUCUCUUCGGUGAUGGCAAUCUCGUUCGCUCGCCUGAUGGCCAUAGCGUCCGCCUCCUCCUUGACGUUUAUACAGGGUCGGGUUUUAUUUCAUCCAGUAUGUAUCAACAUGGAUUUUUCAGUGCCAAAAUCAAGUUGCCAUCAGAUUAUACUGCUGGAAUAGUGGUGGCGUUCUAUACAUCGAAUGGUGACGUAUUCGAGAAAAAUCAUGAUGAAUUAGACUUCGAGUUCUUAGGAAACAUUGAAGGGAAGCCAUGGAGGUUCCAGACGAAUUUGUAUGGCAAUGGCAGCACGAACCGAGGCCGAGAGGAGCGGUACAGCCUUUGGUUUGAUCCAUCGAAGGAAUUCCACCGAUACAGCAUUCUGUGGACGGUCAAGAACAUAAUAUUUUACAUUGAUGAAGUUCCAAUCAGGGAAGUGGUGCGCAAUGAUGAAAUGGGUGGAGACUACCCAUCGAAGCCAAUGUCUCUUUAUGCAACCAUAUGGGAUGCCUCGAGCUGGGCCACGUCCGGAGGCAAAUAUAAAGUUAAUUAUAAGUAUGCCCCCUUCACUUCCGAGUUCAAAGAGCUGGUCCUGGAAGGUUGCCCUACGGAUCCCAUUCAGGAAUUCCCCAACGCCAGCGCCUGCUCCGACAGACACGCCUGGCUCGAGAGCCGUGACUAUGCCCUCAUAACACCGGAACAGCGAGCCGCCAUGCGCAGAUUCAGGCAGCGUUACAUGUACUAUUCUUACUGUUACGACUCAUUGCGUUACCCUGUAACACCCCCCGAAUGUGUGAUCUACCCAACCGAAAAGGAAAGGUUCCAGGACAGUGGAAGGUUGAACUUUGGCGGAAGCCACAGGAAGCAAGCCAGGAUCACUAGAGCACGCAGGAAGAGAAGGUCACGGGUUGCUUCGAUCUCCAAUGAUCAGACCGAUAUGUGAACAAUAAAUUUGAGUGUGUAAAUGAAAAAAAUGUCAGGGCCUUUGUCAUUUUCAAUGAAUCUUGUUCCUUAUAAUCACAUUAUGAGGUAGAAAAUUUAAUGAAAGAGUCAAAUAAUUGAGUUUGACAGGGUUUUUCCUUGAAUGAUUUGCCUGUAUUAUAUAUUGUUGAAUGAUUCUUUUGUUUAUGAUGGAACCAAAAUUUCAUCUAC